AUGUUACACAAUUUAAACUAUAAUUGGAUGGAUCAAUUAUCGGCUGGCACUUUAAACGAAAGCCCAGCGAUUAGCGAACUAACAUAUGAAUAUAUCAGAAGGAUUCCUAUUACAGAAUCACUAACUAGAGUUUUUAGAGGCGAUUACCUAAAAAAAUGGAAAAGAUCAGUACCACUGACCUCAAUCAACCCAUCAGAUAGUCCAGAAACACUGGAGCCUCACCCUCAAGGCAUAAAGAGGAUAUUUAGUACCCUCCCAAAGGGAAAAUCGCAUGAACGCUUCUUCUGGGUGUGCCAAGUCUGCGAUACGCUGUUUCUAAGAUGGCACUCCAGGAGAAAAGCGAGCUUCGAGAGCAUAUUCCCACUAUGCGCAGUGAAGUCUAUACACAGAGCAGACGAAUUGUCAUUCUUCGACAAAAGGGAGCCUUUUGAUGGAAUCGAUAUGAAACAAGUGUUCGUGAUAAACGGAAGAGUUGGACUAUAUUUGGCAGCGGAGUCAGAAAGAGAGGCCUUGCUGUGGAUAUCAGGGUUGUAUUUUGCGUCGAGAUACGCCAGAAGCGAGUACGCUCUAAACUGGAUAACAAACUCGCCACUGUAUAACAAUUAUCUGUCAACACAAAGGAGGAGGACGACAGAUUCGGAUCACCAAUUCAACUCUAAGAACCUGAAGGCAGUGCUGAAAGAAAAGAGGUUUAGCCUGAAGGCAAUGGGCAACUACGAUCUGAUGAAGGAAAUCGACGAGGAGUUCGCACUGCCAGUUAACCUAUCGCACCUGGUGGAGUUCAUGGAGGCGACGUCGCUCAUAUCGAGGCCGGAAAACGUGGAUAAAAUAGCGAUGUUCGUGAAAAGGAUCCUGGAGUACAGAAACAAAGUUAACAACAGCUUCGUGCAAAUGACAGCAUCGCUGGACAGGGGGAUGACGCCAGAGCAGAUGCUGAAGGCAGCGACGGAGCACCUGGAGUCGCUGAACGUGGACUACAGGCUCUUCAAGGGAGAAAUCACGAUGCUGUACCCACUGCUGACGGACGAGGAGGCGCAGGAUCUGUUCUACAGCAUCGUGAGGCAGUGCGCGCUGAGAAUAGUGCUGAACACGGGAGGAGGGAGCAGCCUGGAGUUCAUGCAGUCGCUGCCGACGGAAAACUACGAGCUUUUCAUGAAGAGAGUGCAGUCGGCAGACCUGAACGAGAUGACGACGAACGUGAUAUCUCUGGGAGAGGCGCUGAAGCCAAUCACGUACAUCAUGGACGCAGAGCCCUCGGAGGGGCCAGUGGUGUGCUUCAAGAAGUCGCUGAAGCCGAGGGUGCCAGUGCGCUUCCUGACGCUGCUGGGAUUCAACUGGUCUCUCGCGCAGAGCUUCAACAGCAUCUGCAUCCCGCAGGACAGCGAGGAGCUGGUGAACACGCUCUCGCUGACCAUGUCGGACUUCUGGAUCUCGAGCAGCCACAACACGUACCUGGUGGGAGACCAGCUGGGCGGCUCGGCGACGGCGAGCGCACUCGCGGAGGCGCUGAUCAGAGGCUGCAGGUGCAUAGAGCUCGACUGCCAGGACGGAGACGAGGAGCCGGUGCUCUGCCACGCCUGGAAAAACUGCCACCUCACGGGCUCAGUGACGCUGCGCGAGGGGCUGGCUGCGAUCAAAAGCGCCGCCUUCGAGACCUCGAUCAUGCCAGUGAUACUCUCCUUCGAGAUGCACUGCUCAGACGACUUUAAGCUCAUGGCGGCGGAGCUGGUGAAGCAGAUCCUGGGCGAGGAGCUGUUCCUGCUGGACGAGUCGGACCCAGUGGACCUGGCGGCGACGGUGGAGAUAGGAACUCUGGUGCGCAAGUUCAUCGUGAAGGCGAAGUACAAGUCGCCGGAGACGUCCCUCAUGGGCCCCGGAGAGUCGGAGUGGCAGGCGCUGAUAACGCUGCGGGGCAUCGACAUCGAGGAGGUCGACGAGAGCAACAUCGACAAGAUCAAGAGCAACACGGUAUUCGCGAUCUCGGAGACGAAGCUGCUGAAGCUGAAUAAAAGGAGCAACCUGAUCCAGAUGCUCUCAGAGCACUGCUUCGUGCGCGUGUACCCGUCGGCCACGAGGCUCGCGAGCACGAACUUCUGCCCAGUCAACGCGUGGAGCAUGGGAGUGCAGUUCGCAGCGCUCAACUUCCAGUCGCACGACAGGUCGAUGCUGAUCAACCACGGAAGGUUCUACAACUCGCAGGGCUACGUGCCGAAGCUGAUCUACCGCAACCUGGAGCCGUCGCUCCACAGCGGCAUCAACGGCCGCGACUUCGGCGGCGAGGGCCGCGCGGACCCGAGGCGGCUGAACAACGACCUCAUUCUCAAGGUACACGUGCUGAGCGGCACGCAACUGCCGAGCACGUUCGGCUACCAGGAGAAGAACUACGCGAACUCAUUCUGGAACGUGCUGUACUCGAUAGAGCGCGAGGGCUGUCCGCUGGACACCACGCACAUAAAGCAGCCCAGGGGCGCCGCCAGGAAGGAGAAGAAGAAGCUGAAGGCUGCAAUCGAGGCGGGGCUGAUGGUCGACGAGGACGACGAGCAGUCGACGCUCUACGAGGUCAUCGACAAGUCGGCGCGCGUCGUCGCCUCGAACCCGGAGAGGCUCUGCCCCUUCGUGGAGGUGGCCGUGGUGGGCCAGGGCGAGGCCUCGUACAAGACGAAGCCCGUCAACUUCAACUCGUUCAACCCGGUCUGGUCCGAGUCCAGCGGGCCCUUCGAGUUUAAAAUACGCGACCCGAACAAGGCGAUCAUCCUCUUCGACGUGAAGCACUUCGACACGAUAUCGUCCGAGACCGUGGGCCAGGCCGCCUUCCCGGUGAGCAGGCUGAGGCCCGGAAUCCGGUGGGUGCAGCUGCUGGACUCGAAGUUCAUGGAGAUCGAGAGCUGCGGACUCCUCGUCCACGUGCAGAUGAAGUUCAAGUGA